AUGACCGUGGAGCCGACGACGACCGCGGUGCCGACGAUAUCGAGUGCGACGACCAAGACGCCGGCGCCGGCCAACAACACGACGACGGUGCCUACGACAACGACCGUCGUUGCCAACACGACCCCGAGCGUGACGACGGUUGUUGCGACCCCGAACGUGACGACAGUGGUCCCACCGACAACGAAUGUGACGACCCCGAACGUGACGGCGACGACCAAGCCCAUCAUCGUGACGACAGCGGUUACGACCCCGAGCGUGACGGCGACGGCCAAACCCGUCGUCGUGACCAACACACCGACGAAUGCCCCGACCAACGCACCGGUACCGACGGCCACCAAGAAAACGCCCCUGCAACCGCGCCGCCACUGGUAA